CAAUAGCAGUGUAACUCUGUUUAUUUUGCUUUACUUAAAGCGCUCGGCGAGAUGAAAAUAAGACACUUUCGGUUUCAGAAAUGGUUUUGUUGAGGUUGUUACUGCUGGAAGUGUCAGAAUUGAGGGGACUAAGAAAGGAUGGAUAGCGCUGGUUUUUAUAAUGACAACAACAGCAAUGAAAGCAGUGAUGAUGACUUGGUGGACCUUAGUGGUGCUGCAGAAGACUUGCUAGAGGAUGUACCUUGUUUAGAGCCAAACCAUUUUGCAGGCUACAUUAAAGGAGAAGGCCGUAGGCAAAAUGGCAAUGCUGGUUUUCUAGAUCUGCUGGAUACUGGAGUUAGUGGGGUGGGAACAUAUGAUGACUUCAACACCAUCGACUGGGUGAGGGAAAAAUCAAAGGACCGAGACCGGCACAGAGAGAUCAGCAAAAAGAGAAAGCAGUCGGUUUUGGCUCUUCUUUUUAGUGUGAGCGAUGCAUUCUCCGGCUGGCUUCUUAUGCUGCUUAUCGGCCUCAUGUCUGGAGCCCUGGCUGGUGGUAUAGACAUUGCGGCUCACUGGCUAACAGAUCUAAAGGAGGGCGUUUGUCUAAAUGGCUUCUGGUUCAAUCAUGAGCACUGCUGCUGGAACUCCAACGAGACCACCUUCCAGGAACGAAACAAAUGCCCAGACUGGAAGAGCUGGGCCGAGCUUAUGGUUGGAGUCAGUGAGGGGGCGAGUGCAUACGUGGUUAACUAUCUGAUGUAUGUGAGCUGGGCUCUGAUCUUCUCCUACCUGGCUGUAGUUCUAGUCAAAGCCUUCGCCCCUUAUGCCUGCGGCUCAGGGAUCCCGGAGAUCAAAACCAUCCUGAGUGGCUUUAUAAUUCGAGGCUACCUGGGAAAAUGGACUCUAGUAAUAAAGACUGUUACUCUGGUGCUGGCUGUGUCUUCAGGCCUCAGUCUGGGGAAGGAGGGCCCAUUGGUACAUGUUGCAUGUUGCUGUGCCAACAUUCUGUGCCAUCUAUUCACCAAAUACAGAAAAAAUGAGGCCAAAAGAAGGGAGGUCCUGUCAGCGGCGUCUGCUGUGGGUGUGUCUGUAGCUUUUGGAGCUCCUAUUGGAGGAGUGCUUUUCAGUCUGGAGGAGGUCAGCUACUACUUCCCCCUCAAGACACUGUGGCGUUCGUUCUUCGCUGCUCUGGUGGCUGCAUUCACUCUGCACUCAAUCAAUCCAUUCGGAAACAGCCGUCUGGUUCUCUUCUAUGUGGAGUUUCACACUCCAUGGCACCUGCUGGAGCUUUUCCCUUUCGUUCUGCUGGGCAUUUUUGGUGGUCUGUGGGGAGCGUUCUUCAUCCGUGCCAACAUGGCAUGGUGCAGACGGCGAAAGAACACACGCCUGGGUCAUUACCCCGUGUUAGAGGUGGUGUUGGUUACUCUGGCUACAGCACUUCUGGCCUUCCCUAAUGACUACACACGCAUGAGCGGCAGCCAUCUGAUCUCUGAGCUCUUCAAUGACUGCAGCCUGCUCGACUCCUCACAGCUGUGUAACUACACAUCACUGGAAAGAGGUGGAACAGGGAGCGUUAAUUUUAGUCACAGUGCUAACUUCAGCAGCAGCUUACCUGACAGAGUAGCUGGACCUGGAGUGUAUACGGCCAUCUGGCAGCUGGCACUAGCGAUUAUCUUUAAGACGAUUGCCACUGUCAUUACCUUUGGCAUUAAGGUGCCCUCUGGUCUGUUCAUCCCCAGUAUGGCUGUUGGGGCGAUAGCGGGAAGGUUACUGGGCAUCGGCAUGGAGCAGCUGGCCUACUACAACCAUGACUCGGCUAUCUUCAGAGGCUGGUGUUCACCUGGGGCCAGAUGUAUCACGCCAGGCCUCUAUGCCAUGCUCGGGGCUGCAGCAUGUCUGGGUGGUGUGACUCGGAUGACUGUGUCUCUGGUGGUCAUCAUGUUUGAGCUGACUGGAGGGCUGGAGUACAUCGUGCCCCUUAUGGCGGCCACAAUGACCAGUAAGUGGGUGGCAGAUGCGCUGGGUAGAGAGGGCAUCUAUGAGGCGCACAUCAGACUAAAUGGCUACCCAUUCCUUGAGACCAAGGAGGAGUUUGAGCACAAGACGCUGGCCAUGGAUGUGAUGCGACCACGUCCUUCCGACCCUCUGCUUUUCGUCCUGACACAGAGCGGUAUGAGUGUCGACCAAGUGGAGGCUAUGAUUGCUGAUACCUCAUACAGUGGCUUUCCUGUUGUGACAUCUAAGGAGUCUCAAAGACUGGUGGGCUUUGUGCAGCGAAGAGACCUAGUUAUAUCAGUAGAUAAUGCCCGCCGGUGUCAGGAGGGCAUCGUAGGAGCAUCACAGAUUAUAUUCACUGAACACACACCAGCGCAGUCUCACGACGGUCCCCCUACUCUUAACCUGCACAGCAUUCUAGACCUCAGUCCACUCGCCAUCACUGACCACACACCCAUGGACAUCACAGUGGACAUCUUCCGGAAGCUAGGUCUCCGCCAGUGUCUCGUCACACAGAACGGGCGUCUGUUGGGAAUAAUCACUAAGAAGGACAUUUUGAAGCACAUGGCACAAAUGGCAAACAGAGACCCAGAUUCCAUUCUCUUUAACUGAGCGGCUGUACGCAGAACUCGGUAGGAAAGGCUCUAAAUCCCAUUCCUACACAUGGACACACGAGCAGGACUGGAUCAUCCUAACUAACUGUACAAAUAUGUCUCAGUGAGAGGGAUGUUUGGGAAUGAAUGACCGCAGGUUUCUCCGUACCACUGGAGUUACACAUGCCUUAACAGGACGUCCUUGUUCUAGAGUUUCUGCUCUUGCUGCUUAGCUCAGACCUGCCAGACACUCCACGACAAACCACUCCUAAUGUCUGUGCUUUAAUAUACACCAAGACUGGUUAAAUACAGUGUACAGUAAAUACAUGUGAGUUUAUGUUCAGAA